AUGUGUGCGUGCGCGUGUUCUCACUGCCAUGCCUUGGCUGCGCUCUAAUAAUAGAGGCGGCUGCCUGCUCCUUUAAGAGCCUACUUGUUGCACCUUCUACAGAAUUGAUUGAUAUUUACGUUAAAACAAUGGUGAUCAAAGUGUUCCUCGCGACUUCGUCGGGCUCCACCGCGAUCAAGAAGAAGCAACAAGAUGUGGUUGGCUUCCUGGAGGCUCUUAAAGUGGACUACACUGAGUUGGACAUCGCCGGCAAUGAGGAUAACCGCAUGUGGAUGAGGCAGAACGUUCCAGAGGAGAAGAAGCCUGCCAACGGCAUCCCACUGCCCCCUCAGAUCUUCAAUGAGGAGAGCUACUGUGGGGACUACGAGACAUUCUUCAAUGCCAAGGAGGAUAACUCAGUGUAUGCUUUCCUGGGGCUGCCUCCUCCUCCUGGCUCAAAGGAAGCACAACAGGCUGAUAAGGUGCACAUUGUGGAGAACGGGAACCAUGCCAAGGAUAUGAAUGCAGAGGGAAACCAAGAUGACUCGACAGAGGUUCCAGUGGAGGAGCGCAAUGGGAAUGCACACGGAGAGGAGGAGCAGGCAGAGGCAGCAGAUGAUGCUGAGGAGGUAGCGGAAGAAGAAAUUGCAGAUGAUGAAGCCAAAGAAGGAGAUGAGGCUCCUGCAGAAGAGGAGGAGGAGGAGAAGACAGUGGAACAGGCCCAUGGAGAUGAGGUAGAGGAGGAGGAGGAGGAGGAGGAGGUGGAGGAAGAGGAAGAACAGGGCGAAGCUGAUGAUGACGACAGGGAGGAAGAGGAUUUGCAGUCAGAGGAGGAAGAAGAGCUACGGCAGCUUGAGGAAGAAGAAGAGGGUGAAGUACAAGAGGAAGAAGAAGAAGAAGAAGAAGCAGAAGAAGAAGAGUUGGAAGAAACACAGGAAGAAGAGGCAGAGUAGUUGAAGCCACGUGAUGCAGAUGAUGUUGAUUUACUACUGUCCAGCCUGAAGGAGCCUCCUGUUCGUCUCUGUCCCCCGCCCCUUAUGCUUGACAUCUUCAGACAGCCCCUCUCACCCACUCCCCAAGGCUGCUCCGGACCCCACUGGAAACCACUGGCCAUAUGUUUGAAGGCAACAUCAAAAAAAGUCCUAACCCAUAUAUGCAGCCCCCGUCCUCUUUGACUGCACUGUUGACUUAAUUUUUAUAUUUUGUGUGUCGAGUCAUAUUGUCCUGAAAAUGUGCAGAGUAGCCAUGUGGUGUCAGUUGGUUUUUAACGAGUAGCUUUUGUAAAAUGCACCAGCAGUUGUUUUGUUAAAGUCAAACACAUUUCUCAUGUUUAAGAGAUUCUAGUUUUCUAACACAGAGAGGCAGUGACCUUUUCAAAAAGAACGGAGAGAAAAUACCUCAGCAUACCUUAGCUCGCAUCUUCGCAGCUUUAGAGGUUCACAACUCACUCUACACGUUUCUCUGUACUUUUAUUAAAAUGCCAUGCCUUGAUGACGUCUUGUAUGUAUGAAUGCAAACUAAGACUCCUCAGACUGCUAAUGGCCACAUGAGAAAGGUAACACACUGCCAGUUUGCAAAACUACUCCAUCACCACGACAAUUACUUCUGCCCAUACUUUUGUCUAAUCAAUGCACUUUGUUGAAUAAAGGGUGAAACAUGUGACUUAAGAUCUGGAAGCAGUUUAAAAUGCAAUAAAUUCGACUGGUAAAAUCAGAAA